UAAGUCAUAACUUUAACAUCGUCCAAAAGCGGUCCUCGUCAUAUUAUUCCAGUGUUUCAAAUUUGCAAGCAGUGGUAGCACCGCUGUGUAACUUUCGGUAACAUAAAUAACAAAUGGGAACACUAAUUCAAUCCAGCGUUGGUAGGAACUCGAAUUCUUUGAGUCUGAAUUUGAAGAACUCAAAUCGCUUUAUGCGCGCUUAAAAAGAACUCGAGUCUUUACAAAAGUAUAACAAUAUAUCGAAUCGCAAUGCAACCUUAUAUGGCAGUUAUAAUACUACUCUAUUGACAGCUAUAAAAGUUCAAAUAGGGUUGUUUCCAAUUUUUUGAAACGCUUGUAUUACGUUAUAUAUUAACUAAAAGUUGCCUUAAAAUUCAACUUUUAUACUAAAAACGGCUUUAAAUAUGUUAAAUUUACAAAAUAUAUUUUGACAGAUGCUUUCGCGCCCAAAACGCUCUUUAAAAAUUGUGUGACGUCACAGUUUACGGUUUGACACAACUACAUACACACGUAGAAGAUACAAAUUGUCAACUGACAUUUGUUGUUUAUCGCCUAACUGUCAACAGUGUCAAUCCGAGAGUUGUGACGUCAUCAGAAUCUUCAAUGACGUUUCGAGCUUGGUCACGUGACGUGUGCCAAAAGAUAUUUUAAAUUCAAAAUUUACAAAAAUAUGGUCAUUAAAGGUCGCCUAAAAGUAGUUUAACAUGUUCUUAUAAUCCAAAAGAAUUUAUUGGGAUACUUACAAUUCUGCCCUAAGAUUUGUAGAUGGAAACAACCCUAUUUAAACAAAAUAUUUUUUAUGACAUGCUUUAUGGGGUUAAGUCUCAUCCUGUGUUGCUUCUGAUGUUAUCCGCUCAAUUUUAAAUUUUCCGUACUCCGUACAGUACAGUUGCACGUCAAAUGUCAUCACAAUGGGGAUUCCAAGCAUCUCCAUUUUCGCUCUAAUAACCAGUUGCCGUACUUUAUUUACACCGUUUCAUCUUCGACUAGCGGGGGACCAUUUUCCAUAGGCUGCACUUCUUAUUGUCCCUUGCCUUCUGUAAUUUAUUUCGCUUUUCUGUGCCGCGGCGAGUGGUUCUUUUCGCGCGCAUUUUUGACGAUAAUUUUUUUUUACGGCAUAGGCGUUGACUCGUUCAGCCAGACAUUCUGUUGUACAUUUUUACUGCCAGUUAUUAAUUAAAUUGAUUUUUUAAUGUGUUGUCUGUGGCCAUGGUGAAGUUUUGGUGGAUGUUCGUUUUGUUCGCGAAAACUGCUUCAGCCAGUGACAACGAGUUGCCGGAGUCUGAGGCUGGAAAAGAAUCCCGUUUCCUCCCACUCUUCGAAGUGAAGAGGUUCGACCGGCCAAUAGGACCGGGGGGUUUACCCCCUCUCACCACUGUACCAAUAGCGGGGGAGCGAUGCUCGCAGAGACUGGAGUCUGCGCUGGACCAGUUGAAGAGACGGAAGAGGAACCAGCCGAAGACCUUGGAUACUCCCGCGAGUCAAAGCAUCGAUCUCAACGGUUAUAGCCUGUACCAGCAAAUGCGAAGCGCUCCAGUGGACAUGUAUGUCACCAGGAUGCGCGUGAGACUCCCACAGAACGCCAACUGGGUUCGUGUGGAAAAGUGCUACUUCGACCCUCGAAACGUCUCUCUUGACACCAUGCUGUUAUUCCACGAUAUAACCAUAAGCGGGAACGUUGAUCUAUUCGAUGCAAGCGAGUUAGAUCGGAAUAUACCCCCAAGUAGAAGAUUAAGAAGACAUUACGCUGAUAGAAGAUAUGACGCACCAUAUCCAGAUGAAUACAGAUACAGACAAGGUAGUGGUUGCAACAUGAUCCUAAGACUCCGCAAAGCAGGAAUAGGCUUUCAUACACGUCCGUUACACCAACAACCUGGCAAAUUUAAUGUCAAAACUGAUUCUGAAUUCGUCGAGCCCGGUUUCAUAAGCGUCUACGCUUACGGUUGCGAGAAAUAUAUCAACAGGAACUCUGUUAGAAACAAGGAUAAUUUGCCGUUAAAAAGAAGAAAGAGGUCGGAUGAGUUCACGUUUGAUCCUCAUUUAAAUCUGCCUGAGGAAUAUGACAGUAGGACUUCGGAUAAUAGUUGGAACACGGUGUACGAGCCUCGAAGUAGAGUGAACUAUGAACGAAGCAAGCUCUUCAGACCUGAUGAUGACUUGGACGAGGUUGAAGACAUUUCUAGAGAAAUGGAGGACAUUUUCACUAAAGGGAUCAGGACUUUAUUAACGACUUAUAUGAAGAAAGAGCUGCAGCCCGCGAUCAAAGAUACUUUGAUGAGGAAUAUGGGUUAUGUGAUAUCAUAUGGUUAAAUAUAUUUUAUCUGUUUAAGUGUUUAUUGAUAUCUUUGAGCUAUUGCAUAUUGAGGCAUAUUGUGGGGUUUCGAGCUCAGCAUACUUUGUACAGUUUUGGUACAAAUACAAGUGAGAAGUACAAUACAUUUUCUGAAAUUAGGUACAG